AUGACUGCCCAAGUCAACCGGCAGGAUGUUCAGAGGGAAAACCUACCGGUUCGCAACAUGGCUGACAGACUGCGAGAUUUCACGUGGAAGAAUCCUCUAAUUUUCACAGGGGCUAAGACAUCAGAAGAUCCUCAGGAAUUUAUAGACGAGUUGCAUAAGAUCAUGGUGGCCUUAGGGACCACUGAUAUUGAGAAGGCUGAAAGGGAUGAGAUGAGCAGGUUCCUCACAGGAAUCAACGGAGACCUAGAGAAGGAGUGUCGGUUUGCGAUGCUCCAUGAUAAUAUGGACCUUUCUAGGUUAAUGGUGCAUGUCCAGCAGGUAGAGGACAGCCGAAAGAGGAGAGGUGUACGUGAUAUUAGGAGGCCUAGGCCUCAAGAUCAGGGCACUAAUGCCUGCUUCGGUUGUGGUAAGAGUGGACACAUUGUCAGAGACUGUCCCCAGAACAGAGGUCCGGCUGGAGGUAAUGCUCAACCUAGGCCUACCCCACAGAGUGCAGCAGCAGCCGAGCCUCCCAAGAGGAAUAGAUUGUAUGCCCUGAAAGGCAGCGAGGAGCAGGAGAAGUCCGUUGAUGUGGUCACAUGUUCCACCAAAAUGUAUAAUGAUCUUAAGAAGAUUUAUUGGUGGGAUGGCAUGAAGAAGGAUAUUGCAGACUAUGUGACUAAGUGUCCUCAUUGUCAGCAGGUUAAGGCAGAGCAUCUUAAGCCUGGUGGUCUGACUCAGAUUAUUAAGAUAGAGAAGCUCAGUUUACGUCGCAGUUUUGGAGCUCUUUCCAGAAAAGCUUCCGCACGCAGGUGA